AUGGAAAGUUAUAAACCUCAAAAUUUAUUUCAAUUCGCAUUGGCAUUUUUUCUAAUCGGUGCAUUUUUUCUAGUUAUUAUACUCUUGUUUUAUGAAUUAUAUUUAUGGAGGCAAGCUAGAAAUACUACUACUAAUAAUAAUAAUGCUAGUAAUAAUCUUGAAUCCCCCAUGGAUAUUUUUGAAGGACGAGUUGGAAAUCAUGUGCAUGUAAAUCACAUGGAAAUAUUUUUACGAUUACGUGAAGAAUUAGCGGGUGUACAUUUGCAGACACAACAACCGCCACGGAUGGGGGAGAGACGUCGGAGAGAGCGGGUUAUAACGAAUCUUCCUCCGCCGAUAGAUUACGAUAAUUACAAGAAAACAGUUACUACAACUGAAUGUGCCAUUUGUUUGGAAGAUUUUGAGAGUGGUGAUUUAUGCAGGCAUCUUCCUCUUUGUAAUCAUAUUUACCAUUUAGGUUGUAUUAAUCGAUGGUUGAUCGAAGAACCGACAUGUCCGAUUUGUCGUACUUCUAUUUCUAAUGCAUAA